CUCUCUUUCUCUGUCUCACAAACACACUCUCAACAGUGUCACCCACAAAUGGAUCGAAACAGUAUCCUCUCUCUCGCAUUGAUCUGCAUUGUAGUCGCCGGCGUCGGAGGCCAGUCUCCGGCGUCAGCGCCAUCUAAAUCUCCGGCAACUCCGGCCGCGACCACUCCCGUUUCUUCACCAGCCCAAGCUCCUUCCAAGCCACAAUCACCAGCACCCGUUGCUUCUCCCAAAUCCUCUCCUCCAGCUUCGUCUCCUCAAGCUGCAACCCCCGCAUCGUCGCCGAAAGCAUCACCCUCCAACGCCACAGCUCCUGCUCCGGCGACCAAACCUCCGGCCGCGUCUCCUCCUGCGGUGACUCCAGUGAGCUCACCGCCGGUACCAGUUCCGGUUAGUUCUCCACCCGCUCCCGUUCCAGUAAGCUCACCUCCGGCACCGGCACCGACAACUGCUCCGACGACUGCUCCUCCCGUGGCGGCUCCGACUACCCCGGAGGUUCCGGCUCCAGCUCCCAGCAAGGGGAAGAAGGGUAAAAAGAGUAAGAAACACGGUGCACCAGCACCUUCACCGUCGUUGCUUGGUCCUCCUGCACCACCGACAGGGUCUCCUGGACCCAGUGAGGAUGCUUCUUCUCCUGGACCUUCAACUUCUGCGAACGAUGAGAGUGGAGCAGAAACCCUUAUGUGCUUGAAGAAGGUGCUGGGAGGCUUAGCUUUGGGCUGGGCUACCCUUGUUUUGAUGUUCUAGAGAGACACUUUGUUGCUGUUAUUAUAUUCUUAGUAUCAUUUCUUUCUUUCUUUUUCUUCUUUUCGACCCUGUUUGGGCUACACAUUACAUUUAUUUACAUUGUUACCUUCAGACUGUUAUUAUUAUUCUAUUGAUGUUGUUGCCAUGC